AUGGACACGGAAAAACUGUCAGUAUCCCACGAUGGUCACGGUCGGCUUGGCGCGCAGCAGGCGUUGAGCGGGGGCGGCGGGCGGGUGGUGUCGCUGCUGGUGGGCCCUGAGAGGACGCAGUUCCUCUGCAACGCGUCGCUGCUCUCGCGCCACUCGCCCUUCCUCGCCUCGCUGCUCAGCGACCGCUGGUCCGCCGCUGCUCCCCGCAACCGCGCGGAUGACGCGGAGGGAGUUGCGCGAGAGGGUGUGGCGCGAGCGGAGAGCGGGGAAACACGAGAUCUGGGUAAUGAGGAGCUGGACUCGCUUCGAGCCACGCUGGACCUCCUCAAGGUCAACAUUCACACACCUUAUGCACACGCUGCCAGCAAGGUAGCAGUUUCUUCUGGCAACGUGAAUGCAGCCGCCCGCAGCGUCUCCCUGUCCUCAUUCUCAUACCCACCACUCGUGCGGCAGCUUCAGCCAUUGCCUGUGGUGCGCAUACCUCCAGGGUGCAAGGAUCCGCUACUGUUUGAGAAGUUUUAUUUGUUUUCCAAGUUCUGCCUGAACCUCCGCCACCACGCCAUCCUCUGCACCAUCUGCUGGGCGCGCGGUCGGGGACUUAAAAGCGGCAACAUCUGUGGCCACGGAGACCUCUGGUACUGCUGUCGGUUCUAA